AUGGGACUGUCAAAAAUUGUGAUUUCUUUAAUUUUGAUUUGUGCGGCCUUUAACGUUGCAACUCUUUUUCCGAAAUUACAAAUCCUUCUGAACAAUGUACUCAUUAUCCUUCGCUCUUGGCUGCCUUCAGUUAUUGAUCUGGUUGAAGAAAUCGCCGUGGGCCUACACAAGUACUGCGCCGAACGGUUGCUUGAAGAUAUCAAGAAAGGCUUCACUAUUCUCACUGGCUUGUUUAGUAGUGUAUUUACUUUGAUACAACCUGCAGUCGGAAAUGUGUUUAAAGUUAUCACAGAUGCCCUGAUUGCAUUCCACAAUAACGGCAUGGGAUACACUGAUGAAAUUCUACAACAGCUGCUUGGUAUAGAUGGUAAGGACUGUACAGAUCCAAUACUGAAUCUGAUGUGACUCCCCUAUCAAAAUCUUGCAUAGUAACUAGGUAAUCACUCAUUAAUCUGAAAAUCUGAAAGAAUUGGUAGCACCAAACAUGUUGGUGCUGUGUUUAAUAGGUUAACAAAAUGCUGCCAGUUCUUUGAGCCAAUCAAAAAAGGAUAUGUAAGAUAAGAGGAUAUGUAAAGGAUAAUAAGGCAAGAAUACAGCCUGUAUAUUGCUAUAGAGAGCAAAGGUGAUUUGUGAAAUGUUCUUGUAAUUUUUUACUUGCAGUUGAAUACUUUCGCGUAUCAUCAUUUUUAGACAAAUGUGAUAAAAUGAGUCCCUGUUAUUGAGAUCCUAAGUUACUCACUUCUCUUCCAAAGGUAUUGAUUUUGACCAUUGUGAAUUCAGGGGUACUUUCCAUUAUAACCAAAUUUCUGGAAAAUUUUGUGCAAUAGCAUAUUAAUGAAAUGAACUUGGUACAGGUGGAAAAAUUCUGGGAUAAGUGGUCCACUUCCUGAAGGUUUCUCUCUGUCAGUCUUGCCUGAUAAAAAUUGGCUGUUUUGUUGUCAAAAAUUCUCAUGGCCAGUCCCACUUCACUAAGAAGUAUUCAAAAUGUUAGUCAAAAUUUUAAUAGAAUGAUUCAGCUCAGUAAGAAAUAAUUUUCUCGAUCGAACAAUGUCAUUCUAUUUUUCUACGAUAGAAGUUCCUGUGGUCUCUGACUGGUCAGUCUGAUAUAAUGAGAAGAACCUUGGAUAGCUUUGUCUUUUUCAGGAAAAUAUGAAACCCUAUAUGAAUAUCUCACUUUCCAUCUAGUGGACUAACUCCUGUUCCAGAUCAUCAACUUGCAGGAUAUCACAAAAAUUUGUCUCCUUUGUUUUUGCAGGAGCAGCCCUGCCAGAUCAUGUUGGAUCAGCAAGGAAUAAACUUUUGUCAUUAAUCCUAUUUCUUGUUUGGAUCAUCACAGGCCUUGUUUGUAUUUCCAGAAUGUCCUACAACAAGUUCUUUCUUCUGAUGUCCAGCACUUUCCUGGUACAUGCAUUUUUUGGUCCUGUCUGGUGCCUGCGCAGACUGGCAUUUUGCAUUGGAGUUUGUAUGUGGAUGGGUUCCCUUGUAUCCAACAAACCCAUACCUGCUGCUCUUACCGUCCUGGUUGCUUUCACUUUAACAGGCCUCAGGAAGUGGAGAAAAAAGGUUGCCAUGACAACAAAGACCAGUGAUCUUUUGAAGUUAAAUGAAAGCUUAGAGCAGAGACUAGAUGGAAUAGAAAAGAAACUUGAUGUUUUGGUGUCAAAGCUGAAUGUCAUUUGUGGCAGUUCCAGUUAAUCUUCCACCCACUCCUCCCACAGUCAAACUAAACAGAGUGUGAUCUGGGUUCUAGAUUGGAAAUGCAGCUAUUUUUUUUUGAGACAUGAAAGACAAUAAAUUUGAUAUAUUUUCCAAGACAUGAACUGUAGUGAAAAAAGGACCACAAUAUGGACAGACCACAUGGAAAAUUAGUUGUCAAAUCUAUUUUGGAAUGGUUAUGAAACCCAUCACCUUUGUUUCCUUUUUUUUAUCUGUCAUCAUCAUUUUCUGCAUUAAUUUAUUGUAACAAAAAGAAAACCACAAUGCUUGGACAUAAACCACUGUUGGAAAUGUUUGCUUUUAUAAAAGUUGCUCUAAUAACUAUGGUCAAAUGUACUUGUAAUUACUGUCAAUUGUAUUUAAGAAUGGUUAUUGCAUUACAUCAUUAGUAUUAUUAGUAUCAUUAUUCAUAACAUUUUUCUUGAAAGAUUGCCCCCUCCUUGUUACCCAUGAUUGUUUAUGCUAAAAUUCAAAAUAGUUUACUACAAUGUUCUCUUGUAGCUGGAAUGUGUAAAAUAUUUCAAGUAAGUCCUUCAGACAUGGGGUAGCAGGGAAGCGACAAUAUUACAUGGUCGGAUUAACACCUAAAAUUGCCCCUAAAUGAAAAAAGGUUAGGUAUAGAAUUUUGUGAGAAAUUUUUCCACAGUUAUUUAUGUCAUUUUUUUUUCUAAUGAAUAAUGAAAUAAUAAUAAUAAUACUUUAAUUAUCCUCUCCCCUUUUGUGGCUUUUCAGGGAUUAUGAAACAAAUAAUUUAAAAUGCAGCAACAUAACAUGGUUAAAUAUCUCAACUGGUAGGAGGCGAACCAGUUGGCUAUUUUACAAGGGUGGACGAGGAUUUGAAAUCGGGACUACCAAGAACAAAUUCCUCCCCACCGGGGACUGUUGGGUUUGUCGGUCUCUUUACCCUGACCUUACCCUGGCUACCCCGCUGAACACAAUUUUUUUCCCAUUCCCCCGCGCGCUCCGAGCCGGCGGCACUCCAAGCCCUUGAUGUUCCAAAAGGAAGUGGAUAUCAAAUCUGUUUCACUUUUAAUUUAUUUGACUGUAUGACCGUUACCAGCCACAAGUCUCUAUGUUUCUACGUGGAUUUGUUAAAGUCCCUGUAGGUGUCGUCGCUUUUGUAGCCGCUUCAUCCCUUGUCAAGAAUCAACUCGGUGAGUUUAAAAACUGUUUUUUUUUUUGCUGUUGGCGCGCGGACGGUACUAAGGUCUUAUUUUCGAUCUGUUUUAGUGUUAUUGUUAAGCUUAAAAUAAACUUUUCGGUUUGUAGCAUAAUAUCCGACAGUAUUGCUUCUCAAAUUGCAGCUUUUCAGUCUCAUUUGCUGUAGUGCUUCGAACGUUCUCAAUGACCGUCAUGUUGUAACCAAGCUUAUUAGGUUCCAUUUCCUCUCACUGAUUAUUACAAAUACUCCUAUUUUCCAAGAAAAAAUAAGACGGGGAACAUUUUGCCAAAUGAGACAGUUAAUGCCUCCUCUUUUAUGACAUUUACAAACUGCCUUUAAUUUAACAAAUUAUUUGACUAUUGACCACUGGCCAAUUUGCAAGAAUCAUCAGUUGUCGUUUGAUAGAGGCAAAUUAGUGGCAAAUGGAUAGAUAUCCUGUUUUACGGAAGGCAUUUUAAUUUGAUGUGCCGUGGCCUUUAGAUGAACGGCUCAAGCAUUAAUGAAGUUUCUAAAGUACUGUGUCGUAAAAUGUCUUACAAGAUGUAGUAAAUCAAACAGUUUUGCUGAUAGCCUCUUGAAUUACUUUUAUAACUACAGCUUGGAGGUAACGAACUUUGUAAAACUACCUUAUUGUUUUAGGUAAUUAUUUCAAGUUCUUAGAGUAUUUUCUAUGACAUAGACAGCUGCAAUGCAUCAUUCAUCAUAUCCAGUCACUACGACAGGCGUCAUCUCUUGACUCAUGACACCUGCUUUAAGCACAGUCAGACCACCCUCUGUUUGUGUGGCUGUGGUUGUUGCUGAAAUCUGAGCAUCGGUAUUUUAAACUCAAUAGAAGAAAGACAGGUGAAAGACAGGUGCAGUUUACUCCAAAAUACAGAUUUGAACCAAAAUGUUCAAGCAAAGUUCCAGAGAAAUGAUAACUUAGUCAUAUUUCCUUUUUUUUUUCGCCAUCCCAAGCUGUAAUUUAAACCAUUAUUUUUCUGAGACGAUUAUUUGACGAUGCUCUAGAACUAAGGAAGGAGACAAGGCUGGCAGCAAUCAGCUACCACCAGGUCUCCUUCUUAGGUUCUAAACCGCUUAUCGAUGAUUUGCAUAAAAAAAAAAACAACAACAAUUUAAUGGAAAAUAUGUGCUCUGAAAGCGACGUCCUUAGGUACAUAUAGAGAGGCACAUGUAUGUCAACUCCAGGCAUUGUGAGUGUGUCUGUGAUCAUCAACAAAAGUUUUCACUCCCCAACAGAACCUUGUGUAAUAAUUCAUUUCGUUGUGAACCAAUUUUUUGUUGCUGAUGUCCUAAUCCUCAGCUUGAGUAAUGAAAAUUGUUCAAAUAAUAAUUUAAUAAUAAUAAUAAUACAUUUAUUUAUUUUAAUAAACAACUUUAUUUAAAAUCUUGUAAAAACCUAUACACAAAAGAAAAAAAACUGCAGUAGAGUAAUUCUAGUUCCUCGCCAUAUACAUACAUGAAAUUCUUAAACUAAAAGCAUAGGAGCUAGUUGAAAAAAAAAUAUAUAAAUUCAUUGUAAAACAUGUGCAUGACAAAACGAUCCAUCAUGCCUAUCAGCCUCUAAAACUAUGUAUAUACUCUGAAACGCUGAUAAAAGCUGACAACCUCUAGCAUAUAACAAACUGUACGCUUAGAGAAAAUGACAAUAAGACACCACAAUGGCCGUACAAGAAUUGGUUUACUGGGCAAAUGCCAAACGAAAUAAAGGGGUCUUUAGAGCCUGCUUGAAACCCUGAACACUUUGGAUACUCCUGAUAACUGAAGAAGGAGUGUUCGACAGUGAGGGCUCCAGGCGCGGAUCUAGGAUAAAUACUGACCGAUUUCCUAAACGAAGGGCCUAGGGAGCAAGCUUCUAGGGGAGCCCGGGGGCAUGCGCCCCGGGGAAUGUUUUGGGAUUUUAAGUCCCUAAAGUUCCCCUUCCCGGGUUUCUGUCUAAUGCCCAGAAACUGGAAAAAGAAAACAUUUGUCCAGACCAUUUUCCAGAUUUCAACUUUGAAAGUUCUAUUAUUAUUAUUAUUUAAAAUAUGUUUAUUAUGAAAAAUCUGACCGAUUUCCGUAAAACGGUGGAAACCAGAGUGGAUCCACCCCUGGGCUCAACACAAAGUGGAGGCUCUGUUCCAAGAUAAUAAUAUUCUUUGUCCCUUUGAACAUGAAAUGACAUUGUUUUAUAGUCACAAUAUAUUUAUUGCAGCUUAGUUUGCUAAUCAAGUUUAACAUCUGUGUGGGCUUAAUGGCAAAACUGGUAUUCAUACGAAACAAAUUAUUAAAUUAUAACUAUUUAUUUUUUAAAUAAUUGUUAUUUCUUUUUUUGUUUCUUUUAGUAAUGGUGCAAUAAUAACUGCAUGCAAGUCCCUUACAAAAAUGCAGGACUUUUGUUAUUCUUUUGUCAGGAAGUAUUGCCAAGUGUCAUAUUGGAAUGCAUACCAAAGCCUGUUCACCGGAAUAUCCUUGCACAAAUGUAAAAAGAUUCCCAGUUCCUGCUGAACUUGUGGACUGGAAGGUUUCAUUUCCAGAUUACAAACCUGUGGAUUACACAGCACAAAAAGUGCUUGAACAACCUCCCUGGGCUGAUCCUGACAUCAGGUGAGAAUGUUCCUCUUAAGACUAGUGUGGCCAUAGGACAACAUGGUCCCAAGAGUGACCAGUAUCAAUUUUCUCCCAACAAUAUUACUACAUAAUCAAGAGAAAAGGUCAUGAGAAAUGAUAAAAUGAUCACUAAAGGUGAAAUGUCUUGGGCUUUUAUCAAAAUUAAUUCUCUCAACUUUUUCUUCAAGGAAUGUAUGGAGAUCACUGUGUAGAAAUUAAAAGUGCAUGCAGAUAUUGGAACUUAAAGGGUUAAUAUAGAUUCCAUCAGGGCCAGAUCAAGGAUUAUGAUUGCAGAGGGUCACCUCAAAGAAUAGAGAGUAAAAUGGGGUCCUGGGUUAAAUGGGGGGUUUGGCCACCCAACGGGGUACCUCUGCCAUACGAUCUGAUGAAGGAACCCUCCAUAUCCACAUUGAGUUCCACUGUAAUGGUUUUAUAUUUGGCUUCAUAUAACUAUAUGGCUGGCUGCCAGUCAAGGUUUUCAAAAUAUUAAAAUUAACAGUUAUAGCCUUAUGAGCAAUAUGAAUUUAAACAUCUAUAUUCUUUGUCUCUUAUCCUAAUCGCUAAACCUAGAUCACUUUAUCUACCCAUGGAAAUAUACAUCCAGAGAUGAAACAAAUGCAGAUCGAACCAUUGAUCAUUCAGUGAUUUGAAAACCUUGACUAGCUGCUGGCCCACUGUUAGUUACACAUUUGAUUCUAAGCCAUGCAAUCUUUUACUUUUUCAAUAGUUUUGUUCAGAAAUAAAUCUAAAAAGUGGUUGUCAUUUCUCUGAUAGGUCUGGACCAGUGAAAGAGGCCCUCAAAUUUAAUGGCCUUGAUACUUACUACAAAACAGAUAGAAGAAGUUUAACAGGAGAGUAUGAAAUCAUACAAGGAGUCCCAAGGUAGGGUCAUGUGCCCUUUUCAUUUCUACAGGGUUCGCAGGGUUUAGCUGGUCCUUAAAAAUCUAGUGUGGUCCUUGAAAAGUCCUUGAAAAAUGGUUGCAAUUUUUUGUAUGAACCCUUUUCGAGGUAGCUUUAAAAAAGACAAUACAAGGUCAAAUGAGAGUACAAAAGUGCAUGGAAAUGACUGAACGCUACUACUUUUGCUCAACUGGCAACUAUAUGACGUGGGUCAAGUCAGUUUUUAGAUCUGUGCGCCUGUUUUUACAGCUGAUUUUUCAGCCUUUUCCAGUUUGACAGUUUCAGUCCAGUUAUUGUUCCUGAUCGUACUCACAAGGUCUUAGCCAUUAUUCUACUGAUUUGGGUAGAUUCUCCACCAUGAAAUGAAACAACUGUCAAUUGGUACAAGUUUCAAGUUUUGGUCAUUAUGUUAAGACAGAACCCAUCAGGAAAUUGAGUAAUUUUAAGUUUCAGUGGACAAAGAAUAAUUUAUACAAUUUCACAUACUUUUUUACAUUUUUCAAGGGUUAUAGAUGUAAUUAGUUAUCUGUAAUAACACCAAAGAAAAUUUCUUAUGGGAGCCCAAGAAAACUAAUAUCAAAUUUCACAAGAAUUGUGAAAACACAGGUAACGUUUUUUUCGCUGCUUACCGACUAACUAGUGUUUUUUUUGCUGUUUACUGACUACAGCUAUACCCCAUUGACACCCUUUCCUUAAGGCCAAAAUUCUCAAAGGAAAGUGUGAAGCCAAAAUAGAAUAUACAGAAGGGUGAUUGGGACUUUCAGGAGUAUUGAUAAUUUCUGAAACAAUGCAUUGGAUUUUACUUAUAAAAAGUGUUUGUUUUAAAGGAAUCCUGCUGGUAGGACUGGUAUGAUUGGUAGAGGAUUGCUUGGAAAAUGGGGUCCCAACCAUGCUGCUGAUCCAUUGGUUACAAGGUAUAUAAUAUAUUCAAUUAUUCUCCAGGCAAAAAGACUUUUUUCCCGGGGGGGGGGGAUGUGGUCACUGUCCAGGGGUGGAUUGGAGCUCACUUCGGGUAAAUAGAAUGGUAAAUGCUCAAAAAAGUUGUUGGGGCACUUAUAAUGUAGGUUUCUGACUCCAUAGGGGACACUUAUUAAAGGGGUGGGGCAUAUUUGCAGGGGGCCAUUAUUUUAUUAUCAAAUGUACCUAGACCUCAAGUCAAGACAUCCUGUGUCACUUGUAAACCCAAAUUUUGCUUUCUGCGCAUGCCCGAACUUCACAAGCUAUUUAUUUUGCAUCUGGAUCAGAAGGCCGCAGAGUGUACGACCUGCAAAUGGCUUUAUGGUAGGUUUUAGCUCUUUAUAGCAAGACAGUGACCAGAAAACCGCUCAACUAGCUUCAAAAUGCGUUUUUCAGCAAAAUUUCCAGGGACAAAUGGGUUAAUAUUUUUAGACUCAAGGGGAUGCGGGUAGGGGGUGGUAAUUAAUGAAAGACAGUACUAAUUUUUACAUAAUUUUAUGGUAUGUACAAAAUAUUCUUAUAUGUGGGGACCCAUCUGUUGUUGAUGGGUUUAACCAUAUCUUUAAGAUGUAAGAUUAAGAUGUGUUCUCUUUCAGAUGGAAAAGGGACAGCUCUGGAGAAAAAAUUCACAAACAUGGAAAACCAGUUUUAGAAUUUGUUGCAAUUCAGAGAACAGAUUGCUCAGAAUGGGCUCUUCCAGGGGUAAGUGAACAAUCAGAACAUACAUGCAAGGGAUAAUGAUGGCUAGCAAGGCUAUCCUGUACUGACUGGUGUACUGUUUUAGCAAAGACAAUAAAAAUCCUCAUUUUCGAGAACACUUUUAUUUGUUUUUAUUGUCUCUGCUUAAAAAAAGUAAACCUCUGAGAAAACUACAAUAUAAUAGGAGAGACAAAUUUUAGAUAACUUAUGCAUUUUUAAGAGAUGAGCUUUUCUUUAGUGCUCCAGUGUUCUUGACUUGUAUUAAAACAAGCAAUAGAACUGGUGGGCAUAGGCACCCCAUUCUCACACGGUCAUUUCCAGCAUCAAUGCUAACAGUUGUCUUAGGGAUCUUUCCAAAAGUCUGCACUGGCCAGCCUGCCCAGUCAUCUUGAAAAUGAAAUUUUAAUCCUUUCUCAACAUUUUCGCUAUUACUGCCGUGCAGGGGAUUUAGUAAUAGGCUGAUCUGACCUUAAAGUCCUGAUUAAUGGUAGAAUUCCCUUUACAACUGAACUGGCUAACCGACCAAUUCUAACAAAUGAUAUGCACCCUCAGACUGAAGGAUCACAAGACAAUGGGGAGGAAAAGCUCGUUCGUGAAGUUCCCAUUCUGUUUUUGUUUUAUCUCCAGCGUUUUUCAGUCUUCUUAGCAGGCUACUCCACUGUUUUCAAAAUUGUAAGUUAAAAUAAAUUGCAUCCAUGGUUUGGAAGAGCUCCCAAGAUGGCCUGGUCAGACCGUUUCCGGUUUUUCCUCCGUUUUCAGGUUUCUCCGCACAAGAUUUACCCUGGGUUCCAGAGGCUUUUCAUGCGCGGUUUCCGGUUUCGGGCCGCUCGUGUCUUCGGCCUUGGGCCGAAGACGUGUCGGCCUUUGGCCGACGAAGCUCCUCGUCGCACGCGAGAAAAAACCUCUGGUACCCAGGGUACACAAGAUUUGGGUGCCGGUUAAAACCUAACGUUCCGUAAAAGCGAUGGUCAUGCGAUUCUUUCAGUGCUGUAUACCUCUACUUUCUGUUCCUGAUAAGUGUGGUAUUUUGUGCUAGGGAAUGGUUGAUCCUGGCGAGCCCGUUACAUACACGCUGAAGAGGGAAUUUGGCGAGGAGGCAUUAAAUUCUCUAGAGCUUACACCAGAGGAGAAUAAACGGCUUCAUGAUUUAUUGGAUGAUCUCUUCCAUCAUGGAACAGUGGUAACAACACGUUUUGUCUAAUUUAGAAAGUUUAUGAAAAUUACAUGUUAAUUAUUACAGGCAUUAAGGUUGGAAGAGCUCCCGUAGCGAAGAGAGCAGCUUUAACAGGGUUGCCAUGGACGGUAGAAGAGAUAGGGAAAAGUCGAAGGGGAAGAUGGGGUUUGCAAAAGGUCAGGGAUAAUCAAAGUGAGAAGUAAAUGAAAAGUCAAGGAAUUUUAUUUUUAGAGGUAAUUACGACAUUCCACAGUGCAGGUACAGUCACGUUUGUCCAGAAAAACAACAAAAAAAUAAUCUGCAUAGAUGAGCUUUAUCAGAACCAGGUGGCGUCUGGCGCCCAACGUUUGCCCUCGGGCGAGUAGAAAAUCUUAGUUUUGUCAUACAAUGUUGGCUCCUAGAUUUUACAGGUUUAGGACUCUGGGUUCCUUUCAAUUUUCCUCAGAGCACAGCCUUGCUAUACAUCGUUGUGUCUGAUACUUCAAGGAGUUCAAGUCCUGAAAUCUAAAAGCUCAAGAAAAUGUGAAAUACAAAGACAAUAUAAAUUACGUGCAUGUUAGGAAAAAUUAGUGAAUUCUUUUUUGUUACAGUGAGUCGCAUACCUGUUCAAGAUAAACAUCUUAAACUAGGCCGAAAUAUGUGAGAAAUGUCAAGAGAUGUUAAACCAUUUCAUUAGAGGUUGAUAUUCAGGGUUUUCUUGGGUUUGUUUCCUUGUUUUUAAGAUUUUUAAAGGCUACAUAGAUGAUCCUAGGAACACAGAUAAUUCCUGGAUGGAAAGCCAAGCAGUUAAUUACCAUGACGACACAGGAAAAGCCUUUGACAAGUUUGCGCUCAAAGCUGGUGAUGACGCCAAAAAUGUCAGAUGGAUGGAUGUCUCACAUGAACUACGGUUGUAUGCAAACCACAAUGAUUUGGUCAAGGAAGUUGCUAAAAAACUCAAUGCUUAUUGGUAGUGAAUAACUAGCUUGGGAGGGGAAAAAAUUACAUA